AUGUCUAGCAUCGAGCACGGCCAGGAUCCUAUCCCAGUCAUUGAUAUAUCAAAUCCAUCUGAGGCAAUAGCCCAGCAAGUUCUCGAUGCAGCAUCCAAGCACGGCUUUCUCUACAUCAAGAAUGAUGGUGUGACCAUCCCGCCUCAAGACAUAGAUGAUAUGUUCAAAAUUAGCAAACAAUUCUUCGCCUCCCCCAAGGAGCAGAAAGCCGAAUACGCAAUCCACUCAGACAAAGCCGGCGGCAUAAACCGCGGCUGGGUAUCCAUGCAAGGUGAAUCGCUCGAUCCCCAAGGCCAAAAGCAAGGUGACCCAAAAGAAGCCUUCAAUAUCGCCCCACCCCAACCAACCCUCCAGCCUCUACCCUCCCCCCUCUCCUCCUCCACACCCCUAAUAUCCCGCUUCCAAACCUCCUGCCACACCCUCUGCACGCACAUCCUCUCUCUCCUCUCCACGGCCCUCAAAAUCUCCGAGAAAGACUACUUCAGCACCCGCCACGACCAAUCUCGCGGCCCCUCAGGUACCAUCUUCCGUCUACUGUACUACCCCAAGACAUCAUCUACGGCAACAACCGACGAAACCAGCAUCCGCGCAGGCGCGCACUCAGAUUACGGGAGUGUCACGCUGCUAUUCCGGCUCCCGGGGCAGGCAGGGUUGGAGCUGCUAACGAAUAACGGGGAAAGCUGGGUUCCCGUGCUGGUGAAUCCCGAUCCGGAUGCUCUUGAGCAUCCGCCUAUUCUAGUUAAUAUCGGGGAUUUGCUGUGCUAUUGGACGAAUGGGCUGCUCAAGUCGACGGUGCAUCGUGUGACGUUUGGGGGUGGUGAGGAGAGGUAUAGCAUGGCGUAUUUUUGUCAUCCACUUGAUGAUGUGCGUUUGGAGGCUGUGCCUAGUGCGCUGAUUGAGGAUUUUGGGCGUGAGGGGAAGGGGGAGACGGAGUUGAGAAGUCAGAGGCGGAGAUUGGGGUUGAGUGAGGAGGGGGAGGAUGAGGUUAUUACUGCCAAGGGGCAUUUGGAGAGGAGGCUGAAGGUUACGUAUGGGAUUUAA